GGGGAGGCGGGCGAGCGAGCGAGCGCCGCUGCGCGCCAGGCGCGUCUUGGAGGUGGCAGGCGGGCGGGCAGGCGCCGCGUCUGCAGCCUCCUUGGCGGAGGGAUGGAGGCUGCUGUGCUGAAGCCCCUCGUGGCCGAGGUGAAGCCGGGCGCCGUCAGCGCCGAGCUGGAGGUGAAGAAGCUGCAGGAGCUGGUGCGCAAGCUGGAGAAGCAGAACGAGCAGCUGCGCAGCCGGGCGGCCGCCACCUCGCCCGCCUCGCCGGGAAGCGCCGCCGCCGCCGCCGCGCUCCUGCUGCUCCCCGCCGCGACCCCCAGCACCUCCCCGACGGCCUGCAUGCCCAGCCCGGUGCCCGCGCUCCUGUGCCAAGCCGAGCCCUUCGUCUACUUCAAGCCGUCGCCCCCCGGAGGAGGAGGAGCAGGAGGAGAAGGAGGAAGCUGCCGCCCCGGAGGCCACGAAGCCUCUCCCCCAGCCGACACCGUCCUGGAUGAAGUGGAGGUGCUGGAUCUGCAGGGGGUCGAGUGCUGCGAUCCGGAGGACGACGACGACGACGAGACGUGGUGGGUGCCCCACUCGGGUGCAUUUCUAGGCAGGCUCCAGAUCCAACCCCCCCCCCCCCCGCCGGAGUGGGACAACGCAGUCAGAUGGGCGGCAUAUAAAUAAUAAUAAAAAUGUUAUUGCUUGCAUCCUCAUCGAAGGAAAGGGUUCCCCCUCCCCUGCUCAUCGCCUGGGGCCCUUCCAAGGAAAGCCCCCUCCUCUCUCCCCAGCUGGCGCUUUUCAAGGCUGCCUUAUUAGCAUUAGCUCCGCAAUCCCCCUUGAUCCUGUUUCGCAGCGAUUUAAAUCAGCCUUUUUCACCCCCUUAACGUCUCCUCGGUCAUCAUUAUUAACUCCUUCCCCCGCCAAGGGGGACUCGCUUAGGGGACUCGUAUUGUCGCUUCCUGCUUCCCACAAGCCCAGGAUUUGCCUCCUUGAUCCUGCUUGUUUAGGAAUAUCCUGCCCAUGCUGCAUGCUUAAAUUUAUGGGGUCCUACCCCACCCCGAAUCCUUCAGAAACGCUCCGGCCUAAUGACUAGGGUGUUAAGAAUGGAGUUGUUGUCUUCUUGCACUAGGCUGAUCAAGUAGAUCACGCUCAAAGGCAAUGGCAUGUUCUCAUUUAAUGUGAUUUCCAGAGGGGUAAGCCGUUGGUUGCAGCAAAUCCAGACAGAGGUCUUCCGACACCUGAGCAAAUUUUAGAAUGGUUAUAAGCUUUCAUUGCACCCACAGAAAAUCCUUUCCCACCACAAGCCUUUUUGAUUAUCGCCGAAAACGGUUGGGGGGCAGCAGCCAAGUAAUAGUUUAUAUUCUGAGAAGGAAGUCAGAAUGGAGUUAAUGGCUUGAACGGAACGUGUUUUUCAUUCUUUGCUCCUUUUUUUCUUGGUUGAGCACCUUAACGUUUGUUGAGCAGUGCUGCUGAGAUACUACAUUUAAACGCCGCUCUGGCAGUUUGGAGGAGGAGGGAAACCUGACAUGCAAAAAAAUGUGGUUUUGUUCAAAGCUUGCAUCCAAUUAGUUAACCCCCAAAGGCAAUCAGUGGGGCUUAUUUGAUGCAUCUUAUGAAUUAGCAUUUUACGCAUGUCAUAAAUGGCAAUGAAGAUAAUGGGGAAUGCCUUGAAAAUGACGCUUCGUUAGUACUGAUGCCUCUGUGGAAGCUUGAGAUCCCAUUGCUUUGAAAAGAUCACAAGGGAUUUCAGGACUGUGGUCAGCAACCCUUAUCCGCCAGGGCUGCUGCUUGCUCCUGAAUGGAUGCUUUGUGAAGCGAAGCUGCGAGUAGCUCUGGAAGCAGAAUGAAAAUGGAGGUAGCACCAGUGAUUUAUACAGCUGCAGCAAACUGUGUAAAGUGUGACAGUCGAAGUAGCCUGCAAACCGCCCCCUCCCAUUGUUAAAAAAAUACUGCAGAGAUGGUAGCAGCAACCUUCAGUCUUUUCAGACCCUUGUUUUAAUUCUUGUCUGCAACAGAAAUCCACUCAUUUUAUUUCUUGUUGUUGAUUCUUCUUUAUCUGUGCUUCUCAUUUCUCUCUGGGGCAAGCUAUAUAUUAAACAAAAAUGUUUGUAUAUUCAAAUCUUGAUGGCUGCUUCUUCCAGGGAAGCGUGGGGGGAGGAAUGCUUGAGUAUUCCUUCCUUCGCCAGUUUCCUACCACCACAAUUUCCCCUCAGCCCAAGAUGCCACCUCCCCAGUGGGUUCUGUAAUGCAUGCUUGCAUCUCAAAAAUGCAUCUGGAACCCUUGCAGGAGUGGGGUGGGGAGAGCUGCAAACAAAGUGUCAGGUGGAAGAAGGGCUAAGUGUGAACAUGCAUGCUCAAUCACAGGCGCAAAACAGCUUAUUCACUCAAAAUUGCCUCCUUCCAAAUCCUCUUUUCUGCUAGAAGAAGCAGCUGUUAGGGUUUAAAUACAUUCAUGUAUAAUAUAGUCCUUUCUGGUAAUCUGUCUUUCUCUUCUACUCUGGUCAUUCUGCGCUCUCCCUAUCAGUUUCCUGCUCCUUUUCUUAAAAAUUCAAAAAACCCCAAAAUGUUAGUCACUUUGGUGCAACACACCUUGACUCUAGUUGUGACAUAGUUGUACAUCACAGUUCAACCCACCAGUUGAAGAUUGAUGCAUUGUAGGAUGGAAUUGUGUUAAUGUUACCUUUUCUUUUUUUAAAAAAUUAAUUCUAUACCACUUUUUCCAAGUACGGAGAAUAAUACUUCAUAAUUGUCCCAAGCUUGAUGUGCCUCAUUUUUUCAAAGUAUAUAGUACAGAAUAUAUGUCAAUGCAAAUGAUUUCUGUUUGCACACGCACAAAACACACAUCUGCUCUUGUGAAUGGAUGUCAAUCCACAUGAAGCUGAACACAUUUAAAUCCUACUGAUUUUGAUAGGAGAGAAUGAGGCAGCAGUUGCCUCAUUCUCUCUCUGCCCCAUUAUAAUCAGUGGCAUUUACAUGUAUUUAAUUCUAACUGGCUCACAUCCAGUGUGGUUAAUAGAUGCAUUCAUGAUUUUUAAUUCCAGGGGGCUACAUACAAUUUUGUAGAGUAUGUAUCACUGUAACUGGCAAUAGGACUGGUGGAAAUCAACUAGGUGCAGUUAUAUAUGAAGACAGAAAGGAGCAUUUCCCAAAAUUCAGUGGGGUGUGUGCUUUCGGUGCUGUAAAGUGCCUUGAUUUAAGGCUGCAUUUCUAAGGUAACUGACCUGCAAAUGGACUUGAGUUAGUGGUAACUAGGGAGAGCUCAGAUGCACAUAAAAAUAAAAAUCAAGGCUCAGUCAUGGAAAAUGUGAAGCACAUCUGAACAUACACAGAGUGUAUUUUUCUCACCACCAAGCAAUCAUAGUUUACUCUUUGUAAAUAGGCAUGUGGAACUGUGCUCCCGGUUGCCUGCAGUAAGUAAUAAUCACCCCUGGCGAGCAGGCAGCAAAUAUUUUGAAAUUUGAAGGUAAUUGGUGGUUCUUCCUCACCCCCUGGUGGUUUUCCAGAGAUGACUUUCAGGUGGCUGACACAUUGCAUGCGGAAAGCACAGGGAUCAAUCAUUCCAGUUAACAAAUUUCAGAUAGCAGAACUGGCAAAGACCCCGCAGAACUGCUACUGGUCAGGAAGUCAAUGGAGCAAUGAUCCAAGUUCCAGAGGAGAAAGAACAAAGAUACCAUUCUUCUUGCUGGUGGGCUUCCCUAGUGUUUUGGUGGCAGGAUGGGAAAGGGUUGAGCUAGCCUGGGAUCUGCUGGAUCCCGAACUGCCCCCUCUGACAUCAGUUGAUGACAUGGGGCUCAAUUCCAGUCUGAUAUGCCAGCUCCAAGUUGCCUUUUCUUUUUCUUUUUUUAAUAAAUUUUUUAUUAAAUUUUCCACAAUUAUAACAAAUAUCGCCUAUCAAACUAACAAACAAAAACAGAAACAAAAAACAACAAAACAUCAAAGAAGAAAACAAUACACAAACAAACAAUAAAAACAAGCUUAGUUCUUUAAAGAUCCAACCUUAUAAACAUAUUAUUGACUUCCCCUAGUCCCUCCCUUCUGAGUUUCCUUGUAUCUGGAUGUAACAGCUUUCCAAUAUCAUUAUUAAGCAAAAAUAUUUCCCAAGUUGCCUUUUCUACUGCCUCUCCACCUGAGCCAGUGUGGUGUAGUGGUUAAGAGCGGUGGACUCGUAAUCUGGGGAACCGGGUUUGCGUCUCCGCUCCUCCACAUGCAGCUGCUGGGUGACCUUGGGCCAGUCACACUUCUUUGAAGUCUCUCAGCCCCACUCACCUCACAAAGUGUUUGUUGUUGGGGAGGAAGGGAAAGGAGAAUGUUAGCCGCUUUGAGACUCCUUAAAGCGAGUGAAAGGCGGGAUAUCAAAUCCAAACUUUUCUCUUCUUCUUUUGUCCUAGCCAGGAUGAGUGAGGGUUGUAACAGCUGAAAUCAAAGGGCUUUCCUUAUUAAUACACAUACCCUGGAUUGGGCUGUACCUGUGGUUACAUAGCCAGUUUUUACUUUUACUUUAUGGAGGAAAACGAGAGUACAGUGACAAUUAAAGGUCAGCAGCUGGGGUCCUGCAACAAGACGUUGCCUUGUGGAGUGCUUCUGUUCGGGAACUUUUUCUCAGUUCGCACUUCCUCUCCUGGUUUUUCUUCCAUCAUUCUCACUCUCCUCCACACCCCACCUUAACAUAACUGGACGUCCCCGUUUCCCAGGGACAGUCCCCGGAUUUACAAAUCAGUCCUCAUACAAAAUCCAUUGAAGUUGAAAAGUGUCCCCGGAUUCAUUGGAAAAAAUCUGGUAACCUUACCUUAGCAGGCAUUCAGUUCUCUCUCUUCCCCCUCUUCUGAUUGGACCAGAACUGGCCUGGGACCUUUUGUUUCCUGUCAUCUCUCACCCACCUCCACCAGACAAAGUGCAUUGUGUCACAGGCCAGCCAAGUUGUUUUGGCACUGAAGGCAGAAAAAUCCUGCAGGUACCACUUCCCAAGAGUAAAGUUGGAAUAAUAGUUGUUUACUUACUUAAACAAUUAACAGUUUGCUUUCCUUUUGUGGCACUCAAAGCCAGCUAAUUGAGAUUGCAGACAUAUUCUGCCUAAUAUUAAGACCAGCCCCCGGCUCAGUCCUCAGGUGGGCUAUUUGUAGAUUCACAACUCUCCAUUCUGGUUCAUGGAUGGCAGAGCAGUGAGGUGCUGCACUUGUUCUCUGUUAAUUUUUUUUACUGAUGUGUACGGACAGCUCUCCCCUCAGCCCCUGGGGACAUUGGGGGAAAAACAGCUCCUAAGUGUGCACAAGGAUGUGAUCUAUCCAGAUCAUGAACUGGUUCUUUCUGAACUUGCAUAUCUAUUUUUCUCCGACCUCCUGUUCCUCAGUCCCUUGUUGGCUCCAUGCCAUUGAGUAUUGGUGGAAUGUGUUCUUAAGGGGUCUUUUAAUCCUAAAGUCUGCCUGUAUCUCUAAUGCAUCAGUAAAGUGGUAAGUGCACAGAAAGACUCAAAUCAGUAUUGGUAUAUAGAUGUCCUUUAUUUCUAGCUUAAUUAGCAGUGAAGUCUAUUAACUUCUAUGAGAUUCUGGAAAUAACUGUGCAAACACCAGCUCAUACUUAAUAGUAGGCAUAUUUCAAGGUUAUUACAAAUUAUAACUUGUAACCACCACCCGUUCUCUCUCAUGGAGCUGGAGCAUGAACAGGUGUUAAUUGCAAAUUGUUCUAGACUCGGGAAAGUGUUGAAUAAGGAGGAGGAUUCUCUGCCACAGCAGAGCUGUCUUUGCUAUAUUGCUAGGCUAGACCUUGGCUAGGUAAUAAGUCCCAUUGAACUAAAUGAGACUUGCUUCUCAGUAGUCAUGCAUAGGCUCACACUGUGAAACUCCUGUUUUGAUUAAAACUAGUCUCCAAGGGCUGCUAUUCUGAAUUCUGGUCAGGUUCUGCAUUUAGCUCUUGGCAUUAAAACUUUGAUCUUGAAGACAUGUUGGCAGUUGCAUAUCGCGAACUGUUUGUCCAGAAAACAUAUCUGUAUUUCUUCCUUUGAAGACUGCAGCAUGGAGGUGUCUACAGAGGACUCUAGACUGUAUUGGCAACUGGCCUGUAGAUUUCAGUGAGGCUUGCAGUAGAAUAGAUCAGUUUUUACCCGAGAUAAAUCAAAGGCUGCAUUGUUUAGAGAGCAAUCCUGUAGCAAGCUCUGCUGGGGUGAGUGGAUUAGGAUCCAGUGGCUCUCCAGCUAAGCCAGGAGGUUCCUGGCACAGCCAGGCCAGCUUAACUCCCACAUCCUUGGCUUUGCUGGAGAUAUGUUCUCCCAUUCUGGCUCAGCCCAGGACCCACCUUACUGAUCUAAGCCUAGUGGAUGCUAAGUUGGUGCAAGCCAUUAUUAUUAUUAUUAUUAUUAUUAUUAUUAGCCACCCAUCUGACUGGGUUGCCCUAGACACUCAGGGCAGCUUCCAGCAAAAUAUACAAACACAAUAGAACAUCAGACAUUCAAAACCUAUGGGCUUCCAUCCUGUGGCUGCAGCUGGAGUUUACUAUUAAUCUCCCAAGGUAGCCUGCCCCUUCCUUUCCCUCCCACAUAAUGACCUUCUCAAUGUGGGUCAUUUGUCUGGGGAGAAGGGGACGACAGAGGAUGAUAUGGUUGGACAGUUUGUCGAAGCUACCAGCAUGAGUUUGACGAAACUGUGGGAGGCAGUGGAAGACAGGAGUGCCUGGCGUACUCUGGUCCAUGGGGUCACGAAGAGUCGGACACGACUAAACAGCAACAAUUUCUGAUUUCUUUGGGCUUUGUGCAUUCAUCUUAAAAAAGAAAAGCCAAGCUGUGUAUGUGGUUGAUUUCUUAAAAAUGAUUUAUGUAAAAUAGAUAAUAUGGUUGCAUCACUUCUUCUGUUUAACAUUUGGCCUUUCAAAUUGCUGUGGGGGAUGGGCAGUGUCUGUGGGGAGUGGAGGGAUAGCCAUGGGGGAAUGAACCUUGGGGUUAAUGGUUGACAUCCGUUUGCCUCAGGAGACAGUGAAAGAGUGUGGCUUCAGGGGUGAAGUCAAACCAUUGUUGAGUUUCAGCACCAGCUGUGGCUGUAAAGACUGCUAUGGGAGAGACAUGUUUUGUUGCAUCUGGGGCAGAUGAAGAUGUCUAGUUUUGCUGCUACAGGUGUACCAUGACAUUUAUUCUCGCUGUGCUUCUCCCAACAGUCAUUCCUCCUCUGGUUACUGAUACACAACCUAAAUGAUUGUCUCUAGUCACUACAGUCAUCUGCAAAGGAUUCCCACAUUGCAAUAUUAAUGUUGCCAGCCUUCAUGUUGUGUUUGCAGACAACUCUACAACACAGAGUUGGUCUGCCAAUGAACCUGGUUCCUGAAGUCAGCUCCCUGUAGAGUACAUCCUUGGGGGUCCAAUUGCGUUGCAAUAGUCCAGUCUGUAGAUUAUCAGAGCAUGGAGAACAGUGACAAUCUCUGUAGCUGGCAAACCGGCUGGAGAUGGAAACAGGUGUGCUUAGCCACUGAGCCUGCCCAGUCUCCAGCAACAGUGUUGGAUCCAGUAGCACCCCAAGCUAUGAACCUGCUCCAUCCAGGGGAGUGUAACCUGCCCAGGAGAAGCCAUCUUCCUCCUGGACUCAAGAACUUGGAACGCAUAACCCCUCUGCCUCUUCAAGAUUCCCCUUCAGUUCAUUGGCCUGUACCCGGCCCAUUACUGCCUCCAAGGAGCAGUCUAGCACUUCAACCUCCUCUCCUUAUUCCAGUGGAUUGGAGAGACAGCUGGGUGUCAUCCACAUAUUACUGAUGCCUCAUUCCAAAUAUCCUUAUGACAGCUGCCAGUGUAGUUCCAACGUGUGUUCUAGCCUGGCAAGAACGCUCAAGGAGUGUGCAAAACAGCACCAGGGAGGAGUUAGGACAGAGAUUCCUGGAGGGCCACAUUUGACCUUCAUUCUUAAAGUCUUAGUGUCGACAGAGUUCACAGUUUUCUUAACUGCAGCCCUUUCCUUCAUCCUUCACCCACUUUUAUGGUUCAUGGAAGAGGGGAAUCUUCCUCUUCCCACCCACCUACCCCAAAACCACCCUACAACAAGAUGGCAGGAUGGAGUUCAUUUUAAUCUAGGGUGGUAAAAUCACAAGUCGAUUGAGAGGUGAUGUGAUAUUUGAUGGGCUUUCACAUGGAUGGAGCAAAUUUAUUUAUAUAUAUAUAUAUUGCUUCAGAAAGUAGAACCCAAACCAACAGGUCCAAUUUACAAGGGAAGAGGAUUUCCACCAAACGUUAGGAGAAACUUCCUGGGGUACAAGUUGUUCAACCAUGCAACAGAUUGUCUUCAGAAGAUGGUAGACUCUUAGGCAUUAGAGGUUUUUGAAGUAGAGGCCUUGGCCUCUGACAGGGGUGCUGUAGAAGCGGAAUUCCCUGCAUGGGGGUUAAAUUAGAUGACCUUUCCCUUCUAGUCAUGUGAUUCUUUAACCUCUCUGAGUUAAGAUUGGCUGCAGCUCCCUGUCUAGUAUAUACUUGGACAUGAACCUGGGCUUAUGGCCACGUAAUCUGUACAAAGACUCCUGAUGAGUUCUUAACUUGUUUUUGUCCGAGUUAAGAGUGCUUAACUUUCUCUGGAUGGCACCCAAGGUAUUAAAAAGCUUCUGUCUGCUUACCUAUGUUGAAAUCCUUAACAAGCAACUCUUCACUCGGAAGAAUAUGACGAGAGGAGCUAUUAUUAGAUGUUGAAUAUGCCCCUUCACACUCCAGAUGCACAUCUCAGGCUUACUGUUCUUCAGUUAGAGGGACUCGCGAUAUGCACUCUGAAAAGGGUAGCAGUCGCAGAUAGGGGACCAAAAGGUAAGUACAGAAUUGUGUUUCCAGUAAAUUGCACAAAUAGGGAAUUAACAUCUAGAAUGGAGUUCAGUAUUCUAGAAUUUUCUGAACUCUCAGAUUAUACCAACAUGUUUUAUGUGCUUAGCCGAAAACUGGAUUUCACUGUGGCACAGCCAUCCUUCCCAACCCUGGUGCCCUGUAGAUGACAUUGUACUCCGCUCCCAGACAGCCUCAGCCAGCAUGGCCAAUGGCUGGAGAUGAUGGGAGUUCUAACAACAUCUGGAAGGUACCAUGUUGGGGAAGGGUUGUUUAACUUUAUGUACGUGACCACUAAAUAGGACUGUAGUUUUUUCUGAAAGCUAUUUACUUUAGAUACAGUUCCGGACCUAUUUGAGGCUUGCCUUCAAGGCUGUACACUCCAAACAUAGUAAUUAUAAACCACUUAGAAUGAGAGUACAUUUUAUUAUUGUUAUUUAUUAUUAAUCUCAAUUUGAGAUAUGCCACCGUCUCUGAUUUUGUAGAGCUGUACAUCUUCCGUUAGAAGCAUCAAAUUUAUGUGUUGUGCUAAAGCUUUUCUUUGAUUCUGUUUAGGUUGUAUGUUGCACCAACAAAGAGCAUCGUACCCCAAGAAAAAUCACUGACCCCUUUGCAGUGGUGUCGCCAUGUUCUAGAUAAUCCAAGCCCUGAGAUGGAAGCUGCAAAACGCUCUCUCUGCUUCAGGUUGGAACAAGGUAGCUUUGGGUUUUUUAUUCAGUGUGUUUCCAUUGCUUUCUCAGAGAAUCUCUUCCUACUGGUUUUAGGCUGGUCCAGUUGAGUAGCGGCGUAAAGGAUUGUCUGUGUUCAAGGUGUUCUGUAUUUCUGUGGCCUACACAUUGAAAACCGCUGAAGUAGGGAUGUUUGAAACCAAGUGCUGUUUUUCUUCAGAGCUUUCUGCCCCACAGUCUCAAAUAUUUAUGGGAGCUCUGCAGUGUCCCAGAUUUCCUUGUUUGAGGAUUUAUGUCCUAAAAUCAGAUGCACAUCUAAAUAAGGAUGUGCUUCUUUGCUUUCAGUGUGAUGUACAUUUGCAUGUACACCUCUGUUCUUAUACCCUCAGUGAGCUUGUACAUGAGUGUCUGGAUUCAGACACCAGCUGCCCACCACCCAGACACCCCCGCCUUGCUGAAAGUAAAUUGUGGAGAAUGUGGGUUUAUCAUAAAUGCACUGACAAAGCUAUAACAUUGUAUUGAUUUUUUUUACUGCUGACUUUGUAUAUGUUUUAAUCUGAUUCCCCUUGUUGAAUUGGUAUCUGUUUUUUAAAGAAAGGGUUUCUUUGGUGGGGAUGGUAAAUUACCCUAAAAAGUAGAAUAUAGAUAAUUUUAAUAAAAAUAAAUGCACAUGCUGGACUAUCAGAAUAUCCCUAGCGUGUGUGUGUCUCUGUGUGUGAAAUCAUGUGUCACCAUCAUGAAGAAAUGCUGGUACCGAAAAUGUCAGUGGGUUUAUUAAUUGUUUUGUGGUGGUGCUUUUAAAAAUGAAAACUGCUAAACCCUAUUAUUUACAGCCUAUACAUAUCUGCUCAGAAGUAAGCCUCACUGAGUUAAGUAAGACUUAUUCACAGGUAAGUGUAUACAGGAUUGCAACUGUAGUCGCGUACAACACUAAAAGAGCUAAACAAAUUUAUAGCCAUAACUCUUCAUAAAACAAGAGUUCAUUAAGUAAAACUGGCCAGAUUUCCCGACAGAAAGAAUCUUUAUAAUGAAUAGGAGAUCAGUUCACUUUCAAAAUUCCCUGUGAUACUUGUCAGAUGAUCUCUCAUUUAUCAUUUCCUUUGUUUUUCUGGAGCAUCUGAGAGAGUUGUUCCAAACCUAUUAUAUGCGUUAAUAACACUCAAGAGUUUCUGUUUCCCCAUGUCAUGUUUAUUUCCACAGUCUGUGUUUUACUUUGGCCUCAGGAUGCUGAGGUUUCAGAAGCAAAUGAGGGAUGAACACAUGUUAAUCUCGUGAGAACUUGUUUUUAAGAAAGGGGGAAAUGCUCCAUUCAAGUGCUUGCUUUUGUUACUGAAAGUAUAUUCUGGCAUGAAACUUGCCAAAUACUUGGCUUUGUGUGUGUGAGCAUGAUAGUAUCUUAAUUUUAUUCUGCAAUGGCCCAAUGAACUGAGCACAUGGAGGAGUCUGGGCUCCUUCAGGCUGGUGGCUUUUCUCUUUUUGGCAAAUAUAUUCUGCAGUGUGUCAUUCAUAAAAUAAUAGCGCAUUCGUAGUGGAUUUAUACUGCAUUCUCUUAGUUGUUCUACAGUGCUUCCCUAAUGCCUCUGGUGGGGCACUCUUUUGCUAUAAUGUGCAAUGGAAGGAGAACAAUGCAUACACCCCAGCCUAACCCUGGACAUUAAUAAUAAUAAUAAUAAUAAUAAUAAAUAAAAUAAAAAUAAAUUUUAUUUAUAUCCCCCCUCCCCAUCCGAAGCCGGGCUCAGAGCGGCUAACAACAGUAAAAUGAUAAAACAUUCUAAAAUUAUUUCAUUAUAAAAUUAAUUCCAAUCAAAUUCAUGGCAACCAUUUGGGGUAGAAGUUUUGUGAGGAUUGCCGAAGGAGGGAGUCAGGCUGUGCCCUGGCCAAAGGCCUGGUGGAACAGCUCCGUCUUGCAGGCCCUGCGGAAAGAUGUCAAGUCCCGCAGGGCCCUAGUCUCUUGUGACAGAGCGUUCCACCAGAUCGGAGCUACAGCUGAAAAGGCCCUGGCUCUGGUUGAGGCCAGCCUAACUUCUCUGUGGCCUGGGACCUACAAGAUGUUUUUGUUUGAAGACCGUAAGUUCCUCUGUGGGACAUACCAGGAGAGGCGGUCCCGUAGGUACGAGGGUCCUAGGCCGUAUAGGGCUUUGAAGGUUAAAACCAGCACCUUAAACCUGAUCCUGUACUCCACCGGGAGCCAGUGCAGCUGGUAUAGCACCGGGUGAAUGUGAUCUCGCAGCAAGGACCCCGUAAGGAGUCUCGCUGCGGCAUUCUGCACCCGCUGGAGUUUCUGGGUCAGUCUCAAGGGCAGCCCCACAUAGAGCAAGUUACAAUAAUCCAAUCUGGAGGUGACCGUCGUGUGGGUCACAGUGGCUAGGUCAGGGCUAGAGAGGUAAGGAGCCAACUGCUUAGCUUGGUGGAGAUGAAAAAAUGCCGCCUUUGUUAUAGCUGCAAUCUGCGCCUCCAUGGAAAGGGGGGUGUCGAAGAUUACAUCCAAACUCUUAACGGACGGUGCUGGCACUAAUUGUGCCCCCAUAAGAGAUGGGAGUUGCCCCCCCCCAAUCCCAUAUCGUCCCGACCCAGCCAAAGGACCUCUGUCUUCGAAGGAUUUAACUUCAACCGGCUCCCACGUAACCAUCCAGCCACAGCUUCAAAACAUCUGAUCAGUGGCUGGUCUGAAACAGUACAGAAUAUUAGCAGGAAUCGACAGGAUGUGCCCCUAUUUGGAAACUAAGCCGUACGUCUGCCCCAAACCUGCAGCAGACAUGGAACAGAAUUGAAAGCAGGAUUGCACAGAACAGCUCCAACACCAUCAUGAGCACAAACGAUAACGAAUAAAAAGGAAUGCCUGGUGCUUUCAUUGCACAAACCUAAAUUUCUGUUAUGUGAUUGAAUUCCUCUUGCAAAAAUACUGACAGUCUGGAGGUGGCUAUAAGCAACAAGCAUGUACCACUACAGUGUUUGUGAGAGUGUCAUUUUCCCUGUGAUAUCUGUCGCACACGGCAGUUUUUGAGCCAUUUCAGGAACUCUUGGGUCGCAGCUCCAUGUCCUUUGAAAGCACACCUUGUCCUUUGUGUAUCUAUCCGUAGCAAGGCAAUAUCUUAUCUGAUACCUGCCAGCCACCCUUUCUUUCUAAGCAGUGACUGAGCUGACAGUAUGCGUCUGCUGUGAGGGAAGCUAUAGUGUGUAGGUUUAAAACCUCACACAGGGGUCUAGGUUGAAUGCUAUGUGCAGAAGGGUUUAAGUGGGGAGAAGGUCCCAGAGUUGGAGGUUUCAGGAAUAAGGACCUCCAGGGCAGCUGCAGCAGAACAGAUUGAGCAGUACUGAGAAAUAAGGGCCCGUAGGAAGUAGAUAACUGAGAAGCAGAAUGGCAAGCUAGUGAGAAGAAACACUAUGUACCGUCUGGGGGUGGGGGGAAGAUUGAAGAGUCAUGCAAGCUCUGGAGGUACGGAAUUUCAACAUAUUGAUUUGAGAUAAUCACCAAGACAUUUGGCUGCAGGUCUCUGCUGCAUUUGGUUCCUCUGACAAAAAUGUUCUUUGGAAAAGGCAGCUAGGAGGUUACAUAACGCGGGCAUUUUUGGCCACACUAAGCAAACAGCAAAAGUUGGUGGAGGAGAGUAUCAUGAAGGAACUUACCGGGCAUAUUUGGAAGUCCUCUCGGUCAUCGUUAGUUGAUGGUUUGCAUCAGCCUACCUAGACUCUUCUUUCUGCACCUUCUGUCUGAAACUACAGUUUUUGGAGAACCAAAUGCAAUGCAGAAAUAAAUGGAGGUGCUGUAGCUUAGUGGUAGAACACAUGCAAGGUCCAAGUUCAGCCUCUGGUGUCUCCACGUAAUGAGCAGGUAGUAGAUGAUGGAAGAGACUUCUGGACACCCUGAAGGACUUUUUCCUAGCCAAGUGGACAAUAGUGGGUCAAGACAGACAAAUAGGCGGACCUGGUGUGAGGCAGUAGUCUAAUGUUCUUACAAUUAUAAGGACAUGUUUCCAUUCCUAUUCUGUGACUUAUUUUUACUGAUCGAUAGUUUAUUUCAUUAUUUCUGCAUAGCAGGGGUUGGACUGGGUAACCCUAGGGGGUCCGUUCCAACUUCUCAAAUCUGUGAUUCACAUUCUUACUGUGUUUCACUGAGUUUUUGUGCAGGGGUUUCAUAACCAUGGCAAUGGUUUCAUCAGCUGUCUCGCUAGCAACAACAACAACAAGCCAUCAGCACAAAUCCAUAUUUCAGCUGCUUCACACGCAUUUACAGUCUCUUUCUAUAUAUCACUGUCUCUAAUUGCUCUUGGGUAUGGCUUGUUGUUUCUCUUCUUCUGCUUCCUCAUUCAAAAGAUGCACCCAGGAAAGUGCCAGUUAAGAAACAGCCCUCGGGACUAACUUGCCCUUGACAAGUCAGUGCUAAUUUUAUCAGGAGGGGGAGGUGGAAUAAAUUCUGCAAGUCAUGUUCCCCAGAUUGUGCUUUCCGCACACCUUUUCCAUCUGCUGGACUGGCAACCGAAGAAAAGAGUAGUCCUUCUCAGGAGGCCAGAUUGCUGGCCCCUAAUCAUAGUAGAACGAUGGGUCUGCCAUAUGGUAAAUUCCAGCUGUUGUGAGGUUGCUUAUUUGUGUGAAGUUGUUGCCCUGUCCUUUGUUGUCCCACCCUCUGGACUCUUGUUCAGAGGUGGUCCAGACACAGGUCAUCCAAAUAUCGUGAUUGACUGCAUGGAGAAAGUGGAUGGGAGGGGAUCUCUCUUGGAACGCUAGAGCUUGUGAACAUGCAGUGAAGCUGAGUGUUGGAAGAUUCAGAACAGGUAAAAUAAAUCACUGUGUCGCACCUAGUUAAACUAUGGAACUCCCUCCUGCAGGAAGCAGCAACGGCCACCAACUUGGAAGACUUUAAAAGAGGAUUCAGUCAUGGAGGAUGAUGCUAUCGGUCACUACUUGCCACGAAGGCUAUGCUCUUCCUCCACAGUCAGAGGCAGUAAUGCUUGUGGUGAUGAUGAUAGGAUUUAUAUACCACCCUUCAUCAAAAGAUCUCAGGGCAGUUCACAAGAAAAAAAAUAUAAUUUAGUUGAUCAAGGAAGGAGUAUAAAAAAAAUAAAAUUUGCCCAAUUGCCUAACAGUUUCAGCAACUUAGAGGGAUUUGAAAUUCUAGGACAAACGGAAAGAAAAUAAAUUAUCCUUAUAUAGGUUUCCAUUUUUAAACAAGAACCCAUAAUUCGCUUUUCCCCCCCAGGAAAGUAUAGCACAUACACACAUACAAAAAGAGCACACAGUUGUUGGAGACGGUGGGUGCUUUUGUGCUUGCAGGCUUCCCAGAGGCAUCUGUUUGGCCACCAUGAAAACAGGACGUUGGACCAUAUGGGCCAUUGGCCUGAAACAGCAGGCUUUCCUUACGUUCUUAUGUGACAUGCAUACGGGCUUUAGGGAAUCAUGUGACUUGUGUUUCCUUUGAGAAACGACUCUUUUAUAAGAGCUAGAUCAUACCAGACACGGUAGGAAAGGCUCUUGAUCUGUUUUCUCUUGUUUCUGUCUGGCCCAAGUGCCUCUGUAAGUUAUAUUUUCAUUUUUUAAGCCUCCACGCUUGAGCUGCACCGUCACUUCUCAUCAAAUGUUGACUUAGUAGAAGUUGGUGCAGCAAGGUUUUCUGUGCCUCUUGAACAGUGCUUACUCUUUGAGGGGAACGGUUGUUUUUGCAUUUGCCCUUUUGCUGUAUAUGUGUGUGUGGGGGGGGGGACACAUUGUGGAAAUAUGGUUUUGCCUUUAACGCUUAUGGUUAUAUUUUGUUCUUGCAAGGAAGAAAUGGUUCAUAUUCUGAAAGGUUUAGAUCAGGCUUCCUCAGACUUGGCCCUCCAGAUGUUUUUGGCCCACAACUCCCAUGAUCCCUAGCUAGCAGGACCAGUGGUCAGGGAUGAUGGGAAUUGUAGUCUCAAAACAUCUGGAGGGCUGAGUUUGAGGAAGCCUGGUUUAGAUAAUGGGCAUCUUCCUUAUAAGUGCAGAACACACUUUGGCUUAAAACCAUGGCAAGUAGUCUAGAACCUCUGGUUGUGGCGUACUGUGUUUGUGACCCAGUUAAAAUGUCACUUGAAACCAUGGUUUUUUUUGUUUUGGACUGAGGAACUUGUGGUCUUGCAGGGGUUGUUGAUCUCCAAGUCCCAUUACCCCUCUUUGGGGCUGAUGGGAGUUGGAAUCCAGCAACAUUUAGACAGCUACAUGUUCUUCAUCCCUAACUUAGCUAACUCAUGAUUGAACCCAAGCUUGCCUACAAACCAUGGUUUGUUUGAGGCCUAAAAACCAGCAUGUGAAACCAUGGUUUGAAGUUAGUGCAAAAUACUGUUUGCAAACAGUGGCUUCCCAUACAAGUCCCAGUGUCGUAACUCUCAUUAUCUAAAAUCUUACGGAAGUUUUCCUGGAAACACAUAGUGAUACCUGUGUAUGCUUCCAAACUCUGAAAUCAUGCUGGCAGGAUCUUUAUUGUGCUUGGCUACAAUAAUGGGAGGAUGGAGCAGCUGCACAAUGAACUUUCUCCAUUGUCUGUGUGCCUGUCCCUCCUGCCUUAAGUCUUCCUGGACACAGCCUCAUUUCCCUGCCCACCUCCUUGUUGUGAAAUCCAUGGGCAGCCUGCCUUGCUCCUUGGCUGGCUUGCAAAAGGGAAGUGAUGCAGAGGAACUGAAGUGAUUGUUUCACUAUCUUUACCUGGAACAAAGUUAACAGUGCAAUGUAGUCCAGAGCACAACCUUUAUUACUCAGUGCUUAGUUUCACACCUUGUUAUUUACCGUAUUUUUCGCCCUAUAGGACGCACUUUUCCCCCUCCAAAAAUGAAGGGGAAAUGUGAGUGCGUCCUAUGGGGCGAAUGCAGGCUUUCGCUGAAGCUUGGAGAGCGAGAGGGGUCAUUGCGCACCGACCCCCCUCUCUCUCCAGGCUUCAGGAAGCUAUCCGUAAGCCUGGGGAGCCCACGGGAGAUAGCAGCCUGCUUGCCCGGAGUGCGGGGUGCACUCGGGGGGGGGAUAUUUUUUUUUCUUUAUCCCCCCCCCAAAAAAAACUUGGUGCAUCCUAUAGAGUGAAAAAUACGGUACUCUGUACCCCACAAAUGGGACAUCUGCAUCUCGGCAACUCAGUGUUCUCUCUACCAUGGGAAAAAACACUUGUGAAUGUCCAUCAUUUCACCAAUAGCUGUUCUGGGCAACCCAUUGCUCAAUCAGGUAUAAAGCACAUAGUUUGUUCACCCUGUUUGCCACACCUCUUUAGCCAAUCAAGCCCUGCCCAAAAGUGUGAAGCGAGCAAAGAACCAUUCUAUCACAAGCACCUGGAGAUCUUGGGAUUUCUGGGAGGUCCACACUCCACGACUUCAUAUGAUCUGGGCAACUGUUGGAAUUUCUGCCUGUCUUCAGGUACUUGGAGGAGAAAAAACCUGCCCUUGUGUAGCAUUUCAGGCCACUUCCUUUUCAGGCUCCAUUUGCACAUUUAAACAAUCUUGUCUUCCCCCAAAGAAUCUUGGAAACUGUAGUCAUAACUAUAAGGGUGCUGAGAAUUGCUAGGUGGCCCCACUAUUCCACUCUCAGAGCUACAAUUUGCAGAGUGGUUUAACAGUUAAUCCCUCUUCCCCAGGGUACUCUGGGAAUUGUAGUUCUGUGAGGGGAAUAGGGGUCUCAUAAAAAGCUCCCAGCACGCUUCGCAAACUGCAGUGCCCAGGAUUCUUAGGUGGUUAAAGUUGGGAUUAAGUGCUGAACUGAGUCUGAGACAGGUGCCUUCACUGACGUAUGGGGCAGUGGGCAUGUCUUGAGGGGCUGCAAAACACGUGCAGGAUCUGGCUGUGAUUAACUGCACCAUAUAACAAUCCCCAAGGAAGUUUCUAAGAACUUGAGUAGCAUUGGUGAACAAAGGGAUCCUUGUUAUUAAAGCAGAGAGGUUGACACCUUUCGGCAUGGGUAUCUAGUACAUGGGCCAAUCUAAUUGUUUGGGGCUGCAAACUCCUUAUCAUGUAAAACUAGCGAUCUGGCAUGUGUGUGUCUCUGUGUUUCUGAGCUGACAGUCAGCCAAAUCAUUUCAGUUGCAUUUAUAAGGAUGAGAAUAGGUGAGCACUCUUUCCCCACUUUCUGUGCCACGGAAGGAUGGGUCUUGCCCCUCUCUGAAGAACAGCUGAAGGCUCUAGAAUAUAUUUUCACCUCUCAUCCAUUUCCUUAGCGACAAACGUGGAGUUCUUCGUGUGGUUCUUAAGAGUCACAGCUGCAAUAACAGUAGCUUUGUUCAGGAUAAGUCUUGUCACAGGAGUUAUUGUGCAAAAUAAUGAAUGCGGCUUACACUUGCGUUGUUGACUGCAUCUGUGGGUGAGAGCAUGCAGGCCAUUAAUUGGCCUUGGCAAAUGACCACGCUGUUAUAAAACUGUCUUGUGUUUAAAAGGAGAAUCACAAAGGCCCUUUAAACGUCUGCCUCCUUUUGCUGGUUUAUAAUGAGAAGUACAAAAUGUUGCCAGUGGUUUUAAAAUCACAGGUAUACUGUAGCUUUUGCUUCCUUCGAGUUUUCUUCUAAGGUGGCAGCUGCCUGCUUGUUCCUAAAAUAUAUUUUGCAUUUGUGGAAAAUUCAUUUAGUCAUUAAAGCUCAUGAUUUAAUAGACCCGACUUGAUUUUGGCAAAGGAGGCCUCUGUAACUUGUGAUCAAGUCCUUAAAACAGGAGGCCUGGCUGGGAUGCCGUGCAUUGCUAAUGUGCUUUGCUCAGCAUGAUGGGUCUUGACAUGCGUAGAUUGUAGACCCAAGUGGCGCCCAAUACUACAGUGAUCAUGUGUCUCAUUUACGGGAUUGCUGCAUCAAAGCUUAAAAAACAAGGAACUCCAUAGAUCUGCGUUGUCUGUGGUUCAUUGAGUGCAAUGUAUUGACAGUGGGAAUGCCCAGUGUAUUCUGGGAUGUCUGCUGCCCUGGAAUGAGGUGGGACUUAAAGGAAAGUGUGCCCAUUUAAAAUAUUGGUACUCAAAUGAUAUGAGAUUGACACUCUUGGAUAUCACUUAACUUUCAGUGGCAAGUCCUAGGAGUCUUCUAUAGCAUGUUGACAUUUGAUGCGUGGGGUUGACCCUAUUGUUUUAAUAAUAGGUGGUAUUAAUAUUACGUUCAACUACUUUUAAAUCUGAACCCUGCGGCCCUGCCAAACUUUGCUUGAAGACAUGCGAUCAGGUUCACUAAUACAGAAGAUACAUUUAAAAAAAAAAGUUGUAAGACUCAGAUUCUCACACUUGGAAUGUUACAUCUCUCUUUGGAUUUCAUAUUAAUAUUUUGUUGCUCAACAACAGCUGUGAUGCAGUUAAUGGCAGGUUGUGGUAAUGCUGUCGCAGAGCAUGAUGGCAUGCGAAGGGGGGCGUGAUUUGUAUGACAUUUUGAACUUCUAGAGGUGUCUGGAGGAGUAGAGAAUAGGGAUGUUGCCCUGCUUUUCUUUCCUUUAUUUUGUUACAUUUUAAUCUCGCUGUUCCUCCCCAGAGUAGUAUACCUAGUUCUUAAACCCUUGUCUCCCUGGUCCUAGCCUGACGUUGUAACCAUUACACCACACUAGUCGCUUUCUUAGAUACAUAGAGAAAUUUUAUUCUACUUUUAAGAAACCUAUUCUGAAUAUCAUUUUCUGCAUAUGUAAAAUUCCUUAAGCCUUGCCCUGGAUGUGGCUGUGAGAUUACUGAGGCUUUCUGAUGUUGCAUAUUUGAUAGAUAUGGGAGAGAUGUCUACCUCAGAGUGUGCAGAUAUGCAUUAAAUAUAUUCAUGCUUAUGUAACUUGGAAUUUCAUGUUGUUAAAAGGAAGAAAUAUUUGUGUCUGAUGGCUUAAAAGCUUAUGAAGGGGAUUAAGUUUGUUUUUAGCACUUGAUGAGGGAGCCUGUACUUUACUGUGUGCCCUGUAGCUUAACUCUCAGUUCAGUUAUGUCCCAAUUAACCACACCCAGUAACGUUUUGUACAAAUAAAUGUCAUAUGUAUUAUCUGUUACACCGUAUACUUAAAGAAAAUCAAGACAAUGAUCAAGAUUUAUUAAUUCAGUUUAUUACUCUUCUUUCAGCCAGGGUGCCAGGGUGGGCUACAACAAUUUAAAAUGCAAUAUUAAAGCAAUUUAUUAUUUCAUGAAAUAUUGAGCUAAAAUCUGUUCUACAACAAUACCUUGGCAAGAUACUAGAAACAAAUACAGUAAGCUCAGCAUCUGUUCUGUAGCAUUUACUAUUUCAGUAAGGGAAAGAGCAGUUCCAAUUCGUAAUAAACUUAAUUAAUUGCGUGCCAAUUUUGUCCAUUUGUCCAUCAAUAACAUGAUUUUGUCCAUUAUCAAAAUCUUUUCACAAUCUCUUACUUUCUUUAUAUACAAACUUGCAUUAGCAUUUUUUAAUGUUUGAAAUACUUGAAAUCUUGUCUCUUAAGCCUUGAGAUAGCUGACAUGAGCAAUAGUGCUGUGUACUGGGAGAGGCGAAAAAUUAGAAAUCUGUUUCUAAUUUACACUCUAAAUCUGUUUCUGGAGAUUCACAUCUUGCCUUUAAUAACCUUUAUUUAUUUUGUCUUUGAACACCUGCUGUUUUUUCUCUCUCGUCUACUGCAGCUGAAACUGCAAUCAUAUCUACACUUACCUGGGGCUAAGUUGUGUUUAAUAGGACUUAGCUUCUGAGCAGAUGUGUGUAGAUUUGUGCUGUUAAGCUUUUUAUGCCUAACUUCCUAAUGGAUAAGAGCCUGCUCCAAAUAUAACCUCAUCUCUUCCUUUACCAUGUCUGUUAACAGCUAGUCGAUGGCGGAGUCUCUUCUCUACGUCUGUCUCCUUGGCUUUCCCCUAUAGCCCUGUUGCAAGGCUCACUCCAUAUAGCAAUGGCUUUAACACUCCUGCCUUCUCUAAAACCUUCAAUAAAGCAAUAUUAACACCUGAAAGAACAGGUAAUGCUUUCUUUCUUACUAACAUAGCACUGUAAUAAGGCCUAACUAGUUCCUGUUGACUUUGGUUCAGUGUUGAGAUAUGUAGCUUUGAGAGGUCAAAAACUUAAGCAUGACGGGGGGAGCUAUGGAAUAUACUUUUGCUGUCUUUCUUCUCUGUGCUCCACUGCUUGAAACAGGGCUGCUGGCGAUACUAAGAAUGGAGAGGCAAGAGCAGGUUUUCCCAAACUUGGGUCUCCAGCUGUUUUUGGACUACAACUCCCAUCAUCCCCAGCAGUGGUCAGGGAUGAUGGGGAUUGUAGUCGCACAACAGCUGGAGACCCAAGUUUGGGAAACACUGGUCAAGAGCCUCUGGGAAAGGCCUCUGAGUCCUUGAGUUGGUCCUCCCUACUUACCCUUAUCUUGACUCAGAUUUAUGGAGCAACAGCAGUAGGUGGGUAGGAAGCUGCUAUUUUGACAUCCCCGCACUGCUCCACAGUGCCUCUUUGUUGAGGGAACCAAAAUGGCAGGUGGCUUGCAAAUACCUUGGCUAGCCUAUGCCACUGAUGGGUUGGGAUACUGGGUAGCACUCUGCAACCUCUCCACCUACAGCCUGCCUUGAUUCGAAGCAGCUUUUUGCCCAUCCCAGCUCUGAAUGCAGACAUUGGGGGACAGGUGGAAAUAUGGAGGGAAGGGGGGGGAUGGAGAAUAUUGAAGUAAAGAAGGAGAGCGAAAGGAUUUAGCUGCUUUCGUGCAUGCACUGCUUUUCACAUUCAGAAAAAAAUUACCCAUUCCUUCACGGUGUAUGUGAAUGAGGGAAACACGAGUAUAAACUCAUAUGGUUGUCCCCAUUGCAUCUAGUUUGGUCCCACAGGACUGGGGCCAAUGCCAUGACCUAGACUUAAAAUUCUGCUUCGUGGAUACAUUUCCUUUCAUCCUCUUACUUUUGUCUUCAUGUUGUUUCCCAAGGAACAGGAAAAUUCUUACUAUUCCUUCCUCCCACCCAUCCACACAGGAUGCACCCUGGAGAACAUGGACAGCUUCUACUUCCAUGUUACAUUGAACAAUGGGGUCCCCCACUCUGCUGUUAUUUAGAGUUAUUGUGAUCUGCUCUAGCCCAUGGCCCGUGGAAACAUCAGGCUGCGACAGUAGGGCCAGCACCUACACUACUAAGCAAUGGCAAUAAUGUGGGUCUGGCCUGUAUAUGUUUGGGGCCACCAGAAGGAGAGACAUCAGUAAAUUAAGGGUUGCAUUUAAGGCAUGUAUGAAUAUACUGAUCUGUCUAGAAUAAAAGAAGAAAGGCAGACAUUCUUAGGUUCUCUUCCUUCAGAUGCUGCGUUACAGAUUUACAGUGGUGCCCCGCAAGACGAAUGCCUCGCAAGACGAAAAACGCGCAAGACGAAAGAGUUUUCCGUUUUUUGAGUCGCUCCGCAAGACGAAUUUCCCUAUGGGCUUGCUUCGCAAGACGAAACGUCUUGCGAGUUCUUGCGAGUUUGUUUCCUUUUUCUUAAAGCUGCUAAGCCGCUAAUAGCCGUGCUUCGCAAGACGAAAAAACCGCAAGACGAAGAGACUCGCGGAACGGAUUAAUUUCGUCUUUCGAGGCACCACUGUACCUACAUAAGGGCUAAAAGCAUUGGAAAAAGAAUAAUCUGGUGUGUGAAUUCCUUCCAGGAAUUCCAAAUUCACACACCAGAAUUUGCAUUGAGACUUUUGUUUUUGUUUAUUAAUGUUUGAAAUCGUACACGUGAGCCCACUAGUCUUCCCUCUGCUGUAGAUUCAUGCUGCAGAAUUGCUUCUUUUCCGUACUAACAGGAACACCAAAGUACAGGACCAUUUUAAAUAGGCUUAAAGAUCUUCACAAUGUAAAAGUAAAUAACGGAAUGUAGCAUCAUGCCGGUUGACGAAGCCUGUUCUGUUUAUAUAUGCAGUGCUGAAUAGCCUGAAACGUUGCUUGAAAAGUAGAUGCUUUUGCACGUCGCUUGACGUUAAGGGGUUUGCUGUGUUGUUGUUCUACAGGUUGUGCUUCUAGAAGUUCCCCUCUCAGCCCCCAGUCCUCCAUAGACAGUGAACUGAGCACCUCAGAACUAGAAGACGAUUCCAUCUCCAUGGGAUAUAAACUGCAAGACCUCACAGACGUCCAGAUCAUGGCUCGACUGCAAGAAGAGAGUAGGCCAUUAACUGUCCUUCCUCUCCCUCUGCUCUGCCCCCCCCCCACCGCCACCACUUCUUUUAAAAGCUGCAUGUUAAUGCCUCAGGGAAAAUACUUGAUUUUAGGCCUGUCUAAGCUAUUGUAUGGGAUGGUUUUUAAAAAAAACAAUAACACCAUGUUGGUGCUUUGGUUUGGCUUUCAUGUUAUUACACUUGAAUGUUCCGCCUCCAAAAAAAAUCCUAGUAUGAAUAAGUCUUAAAUGUAGUUGAGUAAUGUAUCAUGUUUAGUACUGUGAAGAAAAGGAGCCUAAUUUGUUUUUUGAGGGGGAGCUAAGUGGGCUAUGGGGUAAUGGUGUUCACAAAGAGAAAAUGCCAUCUUAUUUUCUUUGAAAGGCUCUGAAAGCGCUGGUCUGAUCUGCGUCAAGGAGUUGUCAUUCAGAAUCCCAUGCCAUACGGAGACACAUGAAGGGGGUUAAUUUGGCACAAGCUGUUAAAGAUCUUAGAAUUCAAAGCUUUCCUGUAUCCCCCUCAGAAUUCACCAACUUUGCUCAAGGCUGCCUAGGUCUUCUGUGACAUUAGGGCAUGUAAGGGGGUGAUGGUUACAGAGGGACCCUUCAUACAAUCCUAUAUCUGUAGAGUUGGAAGGGACCUCAGGGGUCUUCUAGCCCAGACCCCUCAAUGCAGGAAUCACACUUAUACCCGUGUCUGUAAAGGCUUGCUGUGACAUCACAGCAGAUCAGCCAAUGGCAUUGUAGAGAGGGACCACAAGGGUCAUUUAGUUAAACCCCCCGCAAUGCAGGAAUCUUUUUGCUCAAACUCACAACCUUGAGAUUAAGAGUCUCAUGCUCUCUUGACUAACUAAGGUAUCCUGCAGGCUUUAGAUAGAAGAUACAAGGAGAAUACCAGAUCAUCUGGAGAAUUUCAAAUGAUGCUCUUUAGAUUUAUUUUCUGCAGCUUUGUCACUAUGACAUAGUUUGCACAUGGCUUUGAGUGAGCUGUUUGCACAGAAUAGAUAUGUAUGCUCUUUGCAACCAUCUGCACCAGCCGGCAUGGCUAAUGGGCAGGGAAGAUAGAAGCUAUAGUCUAACACUUUGAUGUCUGGAGAUUCCCUGCUUCUAGAGUAUAGGAUUUUCAGUGCAAGGAGUUCCAUAGUUUGGGUGUCACAGUGGGGGAGCCUAGGAAUGUCGGAUGUGUAAGAAUGUUUUUGAUCUAUCCCUCAUAUUAAUGCAUUUCACAGGACUAUGUUGAAUUACGUUGUAUGUUCACACAGAGCUAGUUCUUUGCUCAGUCAGCCUGCCUGAGGACCGCCUCUCUUCAUAAUGCACUUCAAAUAUAGUUCUUCCUUCAUUAAAAACUUCAUAGUCAUUCCUCUCUUCGGAAUAGGAUGUGAAAAUCAGUCUAUGUCUAGUUGGUGUUCCAUAGUUUUCCUUCCCACUUGCAUGCAUUUACAUUUUGCCUUAUGUUUUCAUGCAUCUUGUAGACAUGGAGUAAGUUGCAAAACCCAUGCCUUCCAUACGAAAACGGACUCUUGCAGAAGGGAUGAUGUUCGUUACAAAUGUUGACCAUUUGGGGCUCUCACCUCGCCUUUUCCUUACACUUACCAGGUCUGAGACAAGAUUAUGCGUCUACUUCAGCAUCUGUAUCAAGAAACAGCUCCAGUGUCUCUCUCCAUUCGAGCAAGAAAGGGACAAGCAGCGACCAGGAAUUUGAUCGCUACAGCCUUGAGGACGAAGAGGAAGAAUUCGACCACCUGCCCCCUCCGCAGCCUCGGUUGACCCGCUGCUCCCCUUUCCAAAGAGGAAUUCCCCAUUCACAGACUUUUUCCAGUAUACGGGACUGCAGGAGAAGCCCGACUUCCCCAUAUUUCCCCUCAAACAAUUAUCCGCAGCAACAGUGUUACUCUCCUCAAGCCCAGAAUCCUCUUGAGCCACAACCAAACAGGAUUAAUGGAGGUAAAGUUGGCUGUCUGUCUGUUUUCUGAUGUAUGGAUUUAUUUUGCCCUUCUGGUGCCAAAUCUUUAAUUUUGAGGCAGGUUUCUUUUGGCCAAAUUCUGUAUUCCUGGUGGGCAUUCACUUCUCUAGGCAGUGGCUGGAGGCUAGAAAUAUGAAGACCACAAACAGGUCUCCAAUGCAUGGUCCACUAUUAUGGGACACAUGUCCCGAGUCAUUAUAACUUAGAGGUGAAAUGUUAAAGUGUAGAUCCUCAGUGUCCCUGUCUCUCUCUCUCUUGCUGGUCUUGCUUAUCAUCCCAGUUGCUGAGAGGAGUUGGAUUUCGUCAGCACCUGAGAGGCCAGAGCUUUCCCAUCCCUGUAUAAUAAAUCACUUUUAUUUUUCUUACUAGGGAAAUAGCUAAACUUUUACAACACCAUUAUUAGAAGACAGGAGGAUGUAGAGUCAAGAUUAAGUUUGCCAGUUGGGCAUCUUUGGUUUAGUUUAUGAAUCCCCUUUUGAAGAAACAGUACUGAAUGCUAUUCAUAAAGAUCUAAAAUGUUUAUAUAUAUAUUUUUUUAAAAAAUAUGGCAGAGUCAGUGUGUGGUCUCCAGUAUCCAUUGCUUUCAAUCAGUUUACUCUGAGUAGGACUUAGUUGUAUGUCACCCAUUAAGCAGUGCACAUUGGAAACUGUCUCAGCACAAUCUUGCCUUCCUUAAUACUGGUUGCCAAACAGAAGAGAAUGCUUUCUGAAGUAAAAUAGUUUUUUUGUUAGCCAGUUGUUUUUAUUGCUUUUCAAAAAAUUUAACAAAUCAACAUCAAAUUAAUUCAAAUUUAAUACAAAUUUAAAAGUUGACUUCCCACCUUGCUUCCAUGACGUUUCUCGUCCCUCCUUUACUUGCUGCUCAACGUAACAUACUUUUCCCAAUUCCAUUUCAGUACUUAAAAUAUUUUAGCAUUUUAUCAUUCAUAUUUAAUUCCCCCCCUUUUCAUUUAACAGUUUUUUAACAGCUAGUGGAAAUGGGGGCAGUGUAGAGCCCUGAUUACAUAUGGAUGCAGUAUGUAACACUCAUCUAGUCGUAAUCAAGAACCUGUUGGAAGAUUUUGGGUAUGAUUCCUGAGAAGGGAAGGUUCAGUAUCUUAUGGACAUGCCUUUCAUUUGUGGAUCUCCCCCAAAGAUGGCGCAUGCCAGAAUUCUGUUAUGUUGAAUCUUAAUGAAUACAGUAGGCUGGACAGGAUGAACUUUUGAGUCUCUUCGAGUGAGUUUUUAGAGGAAGUGCUGCUGUGCCAUCUCUGCCUGUGAACACAUAUCAGACUUUCAUCUGCUUCAUCAACACUUACAUAUGCAGCCCGGAGGCUGAGCACUGAAACAGCACCCCCACCCCCAAUAUAGUUUUACCUCUGCCGUUAACGGAGCAGGCAGGCUUAAGCUGCUAUAUCUCCCCUCUGCAAUCGGAGAAUAAUAAUAAUAUAUGCUUUGUAAGAUUUCCUGUGAUUAUGGAUGGAGGACUCUUUUUUUUUUGAACACCCUAAAGCGCUAAGUAAACGUUAAACAUUAUUCUUAUUUCUCAAUCAUUUUACAUUAAUUAUACAGGCUGAAUAUCUAGCUGUAGAAACAGGUCCCUGAACCUAUAUUAUUAAUUAGAAGUUAAUAGCUAUGUAAAAUAAGCAUGAAUAAUAAAUACAUCAUAAGUGAUCACGGUGAUCAGUGCCCAGAAGCUGUUUAAAUAUGUUGCAAAUGUAGUCCUAAGAAAAUAAGUUUCUCUCCCUUUUCUAUCUGAUCAUCUGUCAUGGAGUUUUGCUGUUCUUUUUGUCAUUAUAUCCCACAUUAAUCUAGCAUAGUGGCUUCAUUCUGGAACCCUUACCCUGGUUCUCUCUCUCUCUUUUUCUUAUCCCACCUGUUUCCUUCCAUAAGAACAUAUGAAGACAUCUGUUAAAUUGGACUGUAUAUUCAUUUGGUCCAGCAUUCUGCUCUAUGUGGUUGGUGUCAGGCCAAAACAUUUCACUGCCUGAAUUGGCCCCUCCGGGUGCAUCACCAGGUACAUGCAGCAUCAUUCAGAUACCAGUCCCUGCCUUCAACAAUUUCCUCCCACAACGUUCAUGGUGCUGCCUGAAGCAGAUGGCUUCACCUGGAUUCACCACAGGACCAUCCCUGCCAUCAGUAGCCAGGCAGGUCCUGCUAGAAAUGGACGAACAAGACAUGGAGGCAGUUUUUUUGUUCCCCUCCAGCAUCUAAUACUCUGUGGUAUACUGCCUCUAGCAUGGACGCUUUACUUAGCUUAUCAUGGCUUCCCUUUACUUCAUCAUCUUCCUUCUCACCCCGUUGGUGGUCUUGAAUAACGCAUGCUAAUGCCUUUGCACUCUACUAAUUGUCACUACGACUGGUGUCAACUGUAGCAAACAUCUCUAUGGAAAGUUAACAUAUUGGGUUGCUUCCAGCGCUGCACAAGCAGUGUUCUCUGCAAACACUGAGCCUUCCCUCUCCCUGGGCACCCUCCAAAUCUACUCUUGAGGUUCCCCCAAACCGCGGGAAAAGAUUCUGAGGGUGUGCAGGAGGCUGAAUCAGGGAGAAAAGGAGAAGGAAGUCCCAUGAUGUAAGUGGAAGUCUUGUCACAAAGCAGCAUAUUGGGUUCAAGCAGCCAUGCGUAAACUAGUUACUAUUGUUCUCAGUGUGCAGUUUUGCAUUCUUGGCAAAUAGUUUCUGGCAGGGCCGUAACACAAGCUCACACUGUUAAAUCUAGCUGCAGUAUGACAAAUAGAGGUAAGAGGAGGAUUGGGCAGGAGAUGGGCAUUUCAUAGAAUCCUAGAGUUUGACAGGACCUCUUAGACCGUUAAACUCUGUGCUUGCUUCCCCACUGCCACCACUUUUGUGGCGAUCACACAGGGUCCUCAGACGUUUAACGGUCUGUUGAUCCCUGUGCCACCACUGUGCUCGCUUCCGCGCUGCCACCAACCCGUUACUCUCUGGUAAAACACUGAGUCCAGACAGUUGUUAAAAGUGAACCAAAUAAACAAGUUUAUUUUAUAAAUAUUAACAAGUUUAUGGUUUCUCAGAUAAUAUUCCUGUCAGUGUCUUAACUUUAGUUUUGCUACCGGCCCAUACCUUCCUAAUACCUUCUGACUGAUUAUCUCAACUGUUUGGCUGACUCCUCUUAACAAAUUCUCUCCCUCUCUCACACCAGACUAGCCCAACCCACAGACUUCUCUUCUCUGUCUCUUCUAACUCCAGACUGUCUUCUCAACCACCCUAACUCUAACUCCUAACUCCUCCCCUUGGGUUCCCAUUGGUUAGUCAUUUUACAAUUAGUUAACCCUUUCCUUAUGAACCCAGUAUGAUGUCACACACCUAGGAGGGCAAACGCCACACUCAUGUUCUGUUGGUUGGCUGGGGCUGGAACAACAGAAUUAUUGUGUAGCCCAUGUCCAUGAGCAUAUUCCAAAGGAAAAGCUAUCCUUCAUCCAAGGAGGUUUCUUGCCUUCCAUGUUAGUGCAUAGCACUUCUACUGUUGACAGUACUUUGAACUUUGCCCAAUAUUUUUUAAGGUUUUUCAUGUAAAUGCAAAAACAACAUAUAACUAGGUACUUCGACUUUUCAAUGUUGAAAUAUUUUUGCCCUAACUUAAUUUAUUGCAGCUCUUAAGAUGGCGGAUCUACAGAUAUCAGAUACAGUGGUACCUCGCAAGACGAAUGCCUCGCAAGACGAAAAACUCGCUAGACGAAAGGGUUUUUCGUUUUUUGAGCUGCAUCGCAAGACGAUUUUCCCUAUGGGCUUGCUUCGCAAGACGGAAAUGUCUUGCAAGUUUGUUUCCAUUUUCUUAAAACCGUUAAUACAGUUGCGACUUGACUUCGAGGAGCAACUCAUAGCACGCGGUGUGGUAGCCUUUUUUGAGGUUUUUGAAGACUGGUGAUUUUUGAAGCUUUUCCAAAACUUUUCCGACACCAUGCUUCGCAAGACGAAAAAAACCGCAAGACGAAAAAACUCGCGGAACGAAUUAAUUUCGUCUUGCGAGGCACCACUGUACUGGGAACAAAGAGUUGGAGCAGCUGUUGCCUUUAGUACCUUACAUAGCCAGCAAGUUAACUUCUGGGAAGUUCUUCCAACAAAAUAUUAAAAUACAGUGGACGCUCGGGUUGCAAAUGUGAUCCGUGCGGGAUGCAUGUUCGCAACCCGCAGUGUCUGCACACGCAUGGGUUGCGAUUCGGCACUUCUGCGCAUGUGCGACUGCCAAAACCCGGAAGUAACCCGUUCCAGUACUUCCGGGUUUCGGCGGGUCCAUAACCUGAAAAAACGCAACCUGAAGCAUCUGUAACCCAAGGUAUGACUGUACAGUAGUCCAAACAUUAAAAGCUUCCCUAAACACUGGCAUCAUACCAGGCUGUGGAAGACCCGGAAUAUUAGGUGGUGGUGGUAUCAUAGCUCCUCCUGGAGGUGGCACAGAGAAUGGAGUAGGUGGAAUUUUGCCUUGCUGAAAUGCAGCCGUUGUUGCCAUUGCGGAGGACAGAAUGGGCCCAGUCAAGGAGAGUUUCUUUUUAUGUUAUGAGACAUUUGGUGAGAGGCGACUUGACCACAAGCGGUUCCUAAUGGUGACAAUGAUUUGCCUUUGUUGCAGACAAGCUCCGAAGGAGCAUGCCAAACUUGGCGCGGAUGCCCAGCACCCCAACCCUCAGUACCAAUGUUGGCCCUGCCAUCACUGUGAGGAACAGCCUAAGCUUUGAUUCUAAUCUGCAUGGAGCUGGUAACGGGAUAUCAAGAAUACAGUCCUGCAGUAAGUGUGAAAUCUUUAUAUUUCAUUGUGGGAUGGGAAGCUGUCAGGGUACAGCACUUUACAGUGGUACCUCAGGUUACAGACACUUCAGGUUACAGACUCCACUAACCCAGAAAUAGUACCUUCAGGAUAAGAAAAGAUUUCGCGUGGCAGCGGCGCGGCGGCAGCAGGAGGCCCCAUUAGCUAAUGUGGUACCUCAGGUUAAGAACAGUUUCAGAUUAAGAACAGACCUCCAGAACAAAUUAAGUACUUAACCCGAGGUACCACUAUAUUUUAAAUCACCAGUAUUCUGGGAUGAAUCAUGGGCAGUGAUCCUUUAAUACCAGACAUGUCUGGGUUUUCUUAGCAUGCAUUUGUGUAUGGCUUAGAAAAGCUGUAGCCAUUUUAAUGGGUUUUUUCCCCCUUCCUAAAGGGUCAAAAUUGUUUGUGUGCUUAAAAAAACCAUUUUACACAUUCAACAGGAACAAGUUACUAAGCUUUAUAAAGGAUUGGGGGUGGCGAGGUUCAAGUGUGGUUCUGUUUAACAUACAAGGAAUGUAUACAUUAGUCCAAACCGAUUAGUCUGUUAAAAUGUCCUGGCACUGAAAGAUAAAAAAAUCAAUAUAUAGAGAGGGUAAAUGUGGUUUGGUGCUAUUUUGCCCCUUUCUUGGUUUUUUAAAGGUACCUGAAUGCUGUGUAGUUUGGGGGUUCACUUUUUUGUCACUCUUUCUCUGCCUUUUGGAAGGUGACUUUCAAACAGCUUCCCCUCAGCCAAACAAGGUAGUUCAAGGUCUUGAGGCUGCCGUAUGACUUUUCCAUCAAGUUGGUGCAAUAAAACAGCAGCUGAUGCCACCAGAGAGCAGAAUUGCAUAAUGUCUUGGGUGCUUUAGCGCUGAUUCCUAGUGACAAUUUGUACCAAGCCAAAUUUAGAUUGUGCUGCUAAAUCUGUACUGUCACUUUUUAGCUGUGAAACAUGAAGCUGAGGGGAUGUGGUUUUUUGAAGUAACAGAUACUGAGUAGCAGUGUUCUACCUUGACAAUAUUUUUGAAGGGUGUCAGAUAUUUACAUCAGUCUGGCUUAAAAUUCUAGCUGAGUAAGAAUUUGACUUGCUGGAACUGGCCAGAAUGAAUUCAGAAUUCUUUAGGGGACCAGUGUUAGGAUUAAGAUAGAUGCACAGAACUGAUGUGGACCAGUUUUCAACAGUUGCUUCCCCUGGGAAUUGCAGCAAAGGCAGUGCAGUGCCUUGCAGUACCUUAAAAGUCUAACACAAUAUUUUGCGGCAUAAUUUUCCAUGGACUUGAGUUCACUCCGCGAGAUGCAUGAAGUGAGUUGUAGUUCUGCAAGGUACACAAGGGAUCUGAAGCACUUUCGCCAAGCUACAGUUCCCAGGGUUUUCUAGGGGAUAGACACCCACGGCUCCUACUGAAGUAGAAAGAAAUGGUUCUGAAUUCAUGUACUGUAGUACAAUACAGUGGUACCUCGGGUUAAGUACUUAAUUCGUUCCGGAGGUCCGUUCUUAACCUGAAACUGUUCUUAACCUGAAGCACCACUUUAGCUAAUGGGGCCUCCUGCUGCCGCCGUGCUGCCGGAGCACGAUUUCUGUUCUCAUCCUGAAGCAAAGUUCUUAACCCGAGGUAAUAUUUCUGGGUUCGCGGAGUCUGUAACCUGAAGCGUAUGUAACCCGAGGUACCACUGUACUUUUAUUGGUGCACGUUGAAGUCUGCGUGACAUAAGUGUUAUAUAAAAUAAAACGAAAUGACAGAGAAAACUUGGCAUAUAACAAUAUAACCUAGUAAUUGGCUAUCUGCAACCUCUCGGCCUAUCCUGCUCCACUGGAGGUUUGUGAGGGCGAAAUGCUGCUCUGAGCAAAACACAGCAAGGAAAUAUUAACAAUAUACGUGGAACAAAGCCUUGUCUCUUUCUAGGUUACUGCAGCCUGAAGCCAUCUUUUGGGCUGGCUUUAUUGUCUUACGUACUUGACCUAUAAAUGCAUUUGACGAGUCUAGGGUUGCCUUCAGGAGUGUGUGGAUCUCUGUGGCACACAGACCCGUAAACCCUUGGGUUUUUUGUGGUGUUUAUUUGUUUAUUUAUUUAUUUGCACUCCCUUUCUCUAGUUCCUUCUCCAGGGCAACUUCAACACAGAGUUCACAGUGUGGGACACUUUCCAAUAUCGGUUCGGCAGCCUCUCAAAGCCACAGCCUAUGUCAGCCCAACCGUUCAAGGGAGCAGCAGCAGCAGCGGCGGUGGUGGUGUUCCGUUGUCCGGCAACUUACAGCUACACUCCAACACAGGCAUCCCGAUGCCAAACAAGACUGCAAACGCCAGCAUUGCAGCUCGCAGUGGCCUCCCAAGGCCUUCCCUGGCUAUAGGGGGGAGCAGCAUACCCAGGAGCAAAAUUGCACAGCCAAUCCGAAGGUAGGGAAAAAUUGGAGUGUAUUUAUGCAGCAACUGGACAGCUAGUUGAGCGAUCAGCGCUCUCCGAAGAGCUGUAAGGCUGUCAGGAGGAGGCUGGACAUCUCUUGAGUGAGAGUUUGCAGCCCUGGAAUAGCUCGGAUUCUCUGGGAGAGUCAUGAGAGCUAAACUGGUAUCAAAUGGAUAUAGGCUGAACAGUGCAGAUUUGAAUAUAAUGCCUUAGCUUAACAAGUCUGUUGUAGAUCAAUACUUUUUCUUGAAGUUAUAACCAACUCUGUUACGGGGGACGGAGGGUGAUUAAAGAAAAGCAAGUUGCAACUUACUUCUGAGUAAACAUGCAUAGGGUUGCCUUUAAAGGUAAAGGGACCCCUGACUGUUAGGUCCAGUCGUGACCGACUCUGGGGUUGCAGCGCUCAUCUCGCUUUAUUGGCCAAGGGAGCCGGCGUACAGCUUCCGGGUCAUGUGGCCAGCAUGACUAAGCCGUUUCUGGCGAACCAGAGCAGCACACGGAAACGCCGUUUACCUUCCUGCCGGAGUGGUACCUAUUGAUCUACUUGCACUUUAACGUGCUUUCAAACUGCUAGGUUGGCAGGAGCAGGGACCAAGCAAUGGGAGCUCACCCCGUCACGGGGAUUCGAACCGCCGACCUUCCAAUCGGCAAGUCCUAGGCUCUGUGGUUUAACCCACAGCGCCACCCGCAUCCCUUUUAGGGCUGCCUUUAUGGACUACCUAAAAAGGAUGCACUUGGCCACCACCUGAGUCCAUAAUAGAAGCCUCACAUGACCACUUUUUCUAGGGCUGAGUAUAGACUUUAGUUUAGAGGAGUCACUCCCCACAAAUUUAGCUAUUGUUGGAAACCUCAGCAAAGGAGAAUGCUCUUGUGCUCAGGUCCCACCUGUGCCUUUCCCCACAGGUAUUUGGUUGGUCCAUGUGAGAACUGGAUGUUGUAGUCUUUAAAUAAGCACCUGCCGCGGGCAAAAAAGGACUGGCAAAUUGCCUUUAAUAAUAUGCAAUAAGUCCCUUUCAUGCAACACUUUCUAUAUCCUUCAGAAAUAAAUUACGCUGUGCCAUGUGUAAUUUUUGAGGGAAAUAGACUUUUUCUCUCCUUUUUUUGCUGCCUGACUGCAGCUGAACCAACUGGAGAUAAGAUUUUGAGAGUUGCCCAAGCAAAGCUGCGGUUGACUUGGAGAGUCAGGCCUACUCUUGUUCUGCUCUUCUGCGGGCUUGAUCUGCAGACUUUUCCAAGAAGAAUAAGAAAAGUGCUUUCCAACUCCCUCCUUUUAAGAAUAUUUUAAAGCAAAAGGAAGCCAGGGAUCGUAUAAACGUAGCCUGCGACCCACUAAAGAGAAUGCUGCCUGCUAGCGAGCAGCAAAUAGAGAUCACACAGCCCCUAGCAGAGCCCGUCGCAUUGGAGAGGAGGCAUACUUCAGCGGUAGGACAUGUGCUUGGCAUGCAGAAGGCCCCAGGACCAAUUUCAGGCAUCUCCAACGGAAAGUAGCAUGUGAUGGGAAAGAUCCUGAUGAGACAGACGAUGUUUGGGUAGGUACGUUAAUGGUCUGACUCAAUAGAAGGAGGCCUCACCCUGUGUUCCUGUGCCUGGUUUUGUAGGUCACAAGUUGUGCAGACCAGCUAUGUUUUGUUUUUUUUCUAAUGGAGCAGCUGGAACACUGUCAGCUACUGCAGUGCGAUAUUUCCUUGGGGAGAACCCCGAUUAAGUUAUCCCGUUUCGUUAAGCCAAGAGCCAUUUAACAAUUCGACAUCCACUUUAAUUGUGUUGAUAGUUUGAUAAUGAAGUGUUACUAAAUGUUAGAUAUCUGUAAUUAAAGGUAGCAACCCAAGGGCUAAGUUCUGGCGCACCGCUGGGCAGCUUAAAAAUACCUUUGGCUUCAGUAGGAUUUGAGCAACUUAACUGUGUGCAUGGAUUGCUGCUAAGGUGGUUCAGCACUGGGUCAGGGAGAACUUACCUGCAUCGUUCUUGAAAUAGUAGCAUGUGGGAGAUGCAGGGAAGCCUUCUAUAAUUGGCAGUAAAGUAUAUUAACCUGUACCUCUUACCUUGGACAGUCUAUCCAAAAACACUGUCUGGAAAUCUGCAAAAUCAUUGGCACACAGUUGCUGAAUCUAGCACAGAGCUACCAUGUCUCCCAAAAUUACUGAAAAAAGGGCGGGGGAGGGGGGGAAGGUGGAUUCGAAGCUCACUCAUAUUUUGGAAGGAACUUUGCAUGUUUACAGCUGUUGAGAAAAUGGUCUCUCUUAGCAGUACCUCACAAAUUAUGGCUGCGCACAUGCCAUACAUUUAAAGCACAUGACUGCCCCUAAAGAAUUGUAGGAGCUAUAGUUUAAGGGUGCUGGGAAACUACAUUUCCCAGGAUUCUUUGAGAGAAGCCGUGUGCUUCAAAUGCAUGGUAUGUACAUGGAGCAUGUUUUUAGCAUGUACCACAUGGUAAAAUGGUUACGUGAGGAAGACUUAAUACAUAAUCUGGAAGACGUGUACCUUCAUCAUGGAUCUUGUGAGUCAGCCAACCUCCCAUCUCUGUUCAUACUUACAAAAAAACCCUUUGAACUUGUAGACCAAACUGAGUGUUUUAGUGCCUCUACACUCGCAUUUGUUAACCUUUUGAAUCACUAAUUUUGCACUGCAUAUUUCAUCAUUUGUGAUGCAUGGUUAACAUGUAUAUUUUCUGGGCCCACUACACUGUAUGUGGAUGAAGCCCACUGACACAGCUUUGCAUAAAAUUUACAUGUGUCUUGUUGUAUUUGAAAAACCUACUUGUCCCAUCUUUGAGGGACUAUGAGAAGCCUCUUAUCUGAGAGUGAUGGUUCAUUUUUAAAAAUGAAAAGAAGGCUAAAGCCUCUUUCCAAACUCUGUAGGGAUGACAGACAGAUACUGUGUGUUGCCUUCUCUUAAGCUAUAAUUUAAUACCUCUGUUCCUCUGAAGUGGCCCCUGAAAUCUACCACUAGCAGCAUAGGCAUUUUUUCAUGUCGGGGUGGAGUGGGGUAGCGCUGAGGAGAAAUGAGUUUCAACAAGGUGUAGAUUAGUGGUCCUUCCUCAAUUUGCACUUGACAGUUUAGUCCAGGGGUCAGCAACCUUUUUAAACUGUGAAAAAGUCCACCAUCCUUCAGACCAUGUGGUGGGCCGGACUAUAUUUUGAAAAAAAAUAACCAAUUCCUAUGCCCCACAAAUAACCCAGAGAUGCAUUUUAAAUAAAUGGACAAUUUCUACUCAUGUAAAAACACGCUGAUUCCCAAACCGUCUGUGGGCUGGAUUGAGAAGCCGAUUGGGCCGCAUCCGGCCCACGGGCCUUAGGUUGCCUACCCCUGGUUUAGUCCAUGGGGAAAAUAGAAGAGAAAUUCUGUUCUUUAUUAGUAUUUCUUGAAUCUGUCAUUUUAGAUAUUAGGAAUCGUAACAUCUUCCGGGGGUUUCCUACCUUGAUUCUUGAUAUCCUUCCCUACACAACAUAGAUAACUGGGGCUGCCUACACACUGCACCUUUAAAGUACAUUCUUUCCCUCGAAGAAUUCUGGGCACUGUAGUUUACUGCUUUCAGAGUUAACAUUGCCAGCAAUCCUACAGUGCCCAAACUUCUUUGAGUGGGGAAAAUGUGCUUUGAAGCUAUAGCCUCAGCUGCUUUCCUCACGGGAACAGUCACGCAAUCAAAAGGCUCUCUUGACCCCAUCUUUUGCAUUGUGAAAAGGCAACAGAGGCAUCGACAAAGUAGUUUCUUCUCUGUAAUGUGUGUUGUCACUCUUUUCCCCAGUGCUUACCCUGAACUAUGGUUUGUUUCUUGAAACAGUUUUCUCCAGCCGCCAAAACCUCUUUCUUCGCUUAGUACUCUACGGGACGGCAACUGGAGGGAUGGCUGCUAUUGACAAUGGGUCGAGCCGAAAUUCAGAUUCUCCUACCCAGCUGGCUGGGUAAAUAUAACUGUGAGAGGCUGGAUGAAUAACACAGGGCUGUUUCUUACUCUUCUGUCAUUGUCGUUGCUCACUAAACAUAUUACACUUAGUUGUUUGCUCAGAAAAACAAACAAACAGCAGUGUUGUCAAAUUAACGUUGCAGCAUUAUGGUUUAGGUUUUUAAAAACACAUGCAUAAAGUAUCCCACUGGGGGGAGCCAAAAUGUGACUUCUGGGUGCUUUGCCAUAACAGUGUUCAGAUCUCUUUGAUUUGUGUACUACUUUUUGUUGCUUUAACGAGUUCCCUUGCAAAUUGACAAAAUAGAUCCAUAUCCUUACCUGCUUCUUCUUUUGUAGCCUUUCUAAGGGAGUGUAUUUUUGCACACACACCCCCACAUUUUGCUUGAAUCAUAGGGUAUCGAAGCAUUUUGUGUGUGCCAUAAAUCUACCCCCCCCACUUUUUAAUAGUAAGGUACUGUUAUGUUCAAGAUGUUUCUAACCAUGCCAAUCUCCCCAAAUCCAGCUACAGCUAUCCACGCACAGAUGCAGACAUCCAUACACAUAUUUCUAACUGCAUGGGGGAAUAUGGAUGGUUUUCAGCUGCUUAAGAAGUCACAUCCAGUUCCAGUCAGAUUCUUGGUGAUACUCAGUUCACCUGUUCUUGGGCCUGUGUGUAUGUUAGAGAGAUGGGGCGAGGUGUCUGGAUUUAGACCUUUCCCCACUCUUGGGACUUGAAAAAGAGUAUUUCCCCCCCCCCCCCUUACAUCACAUGCCAGGUCUAUUCUUGAGUACAUAUAUUGUUGGAUUGGGGCCAUGAUGGACAAGAUGACAGCUGUGUUGUAUGUUUAUGUUGUGAGAGCACACACUAAAGUAUUUGCUCGAAACUGCCAUGACUUCCUGGUCAACACGAACCUGUCUCUCAUUUCCUUGUUCCAAUGUUAAUUUAUUAUCACAGGGGUGUUGUAUUUAUAAAGAGGGCGUAAAUUGCAUUGCACUUGAAAGAUGCGAUGGUCUCUUAAAUGGUUGGGUUUCGAUACUUUGUAAUAAAGAAUAAAAUUGCAAUGUUUUAUUAACACUUGUGUUUGGUGAAAACAAACAGGUUUUCAUGGAAGUAAAACUUUUUUGAUAGACCUUUUGCAAGAAAAAAAAUUGCACUAAUCAAUGCUUUCUUACUAUGGGGAUAUGAUUUUAAUACUUGAUUACAACUUGUAUUCUGCUGAUCUGGAAUGUUUCAGAAAUAAAGAAAUCUAUUUCAGCAAUCUCAUGCC